AUGAAAACGAACGUGUGCGGAGAGUCGAAUGGCCUGAAGCUAAGUGGGCUGGUGUCUGUGUUGUACACAGACGGUGGUGAGCAGACGAGUCUUGAGGGCUGCACCGCGAAGGUGGCUGUGAUUGACGGCCUUGAGAGCGACCAGCCCCUGGAGGUUCUGGUCAUGGCGGACCGGAAGGACCUUGCGAAGCCGCGCUCCCAGUUCGAUAUCGCGCAAGAUAGCGUUCGACUAAUAGUGCUGCCGCCCAAAGACCUCGACGAGUGCCUUGACGAAAAUGUUUCCGGGUUCGAGUCCGAGGACGACCGUGGACAGAAGAGCAUCAGCGAGCUGUUUGAGACGCGGGUGGCUGA